GUGUCAGCAGGCGCUGACGUGCGUGCCGUAGCCAUGGCGCCGCGGCGGCCGGCGGAGCUGUACCGGGCGCCCUUCCCCCUCUACACCGUCCGCCUCCACCCGCAGCGGCCUCUCGCCAUCACCGCCGGCGGCGGGGGAGCCGCCAAGACCGGCAUCCGCAAUGGCGUGCACUUCCUGCAGCUGGAGCAGAUCGGGGGCCAGCUCAGCGCCUCGCUGCUCCACUCCCACGACACCGAGACCCGCGCCACCAUGACCAUGGCCCUGGCCGACGACAUCAUCGCGGCGGGGCAGGACGCCAGCUGCCACAUCCUCCGCUUCAGCCUCCAGGGCCCCGAGGCCAAGAGCGGCUCCUCCGGGCGGGACGGCAGCGGGGAGAAGGGCCCGCGGAAACGGAAGGGCGCCAGCCCGGCGGGACAGGGCGGGGAGACGCAGAGCCGGAGCAGCGAGGUGACCGUGGAGAGCCUGCACAGCGUCCGCACCGACUUCAGCGCCGACGCCCUGCAGAAGGCCGUGCGCUUCAACGCCGACGCCUCGCUGCUGGUGACCGGCGGUGCCGAUGGCUUUCUGCGCCUCUGGGAGUUCCCCAGCAUGAAGAAGACGCUGGAGUUCAAAGCCCACGACGGGGAGAUCGAGGACAUCGCGCUGGGCCCCGACAACAAGGUGGUGACAGCGGGACGGGACUUCCAGUGCUGCGUGUGGCAGCGGGACCAGCUGGUGACGGGGUUGCGCUGGAACGAGAACCUGCCUGGCAUUCCCGACAAGGCUUACCGCUACCAGGCCUGCCGGUUCGGGGCAGUGGCGGACAUGGCCGGGGCGCUGCGGCUCUAUACGGUACAGGUGCCCCACAAGCGGGAGCGCAGACCCCCCCCCUGCUACCUGACCAAGUGGGACGGGAAGAGCUUCCUGCCCCUGCUGACCCGGCCCUGCGGUGCAGAGGUGAUCUCCUGCCUCUCCCUCAGUGACUCGGGCACCUUCCUGGGCCUGGGGACAGUGACGGGCUCGGUGGCCAUUCACAUCGCCUUCUCACUGCAGAGGCUGUACUACGUGCGGGAGGCACACGGCAUCGUGGUGACAGACAUGGCCUUCAUCCCCGAGAGCCGGCGCGGGCGCGAGCUGCUGGGGGAGCACGAGGCUGCCCUGCUCAGCGUUGCUGUGGACAGCCGCUGCAAGCUGCACCUCCUGCCACGCAGACGCUCUCUCCCUGUCUGGCUGCUGCUGCUGCUCUCUGCUGGGCUCAUCAUGGCCACCAUCCUGCUGCUGCAGCUUGCCUUCCCGGGCUUCCUGUAGCCCUACGGCCCCCACCACACCAGGACAGAACCCCCCCCCCCAACACCAGGACAGGACUCCCCAGUACACGGACAGGCUCCCCCCAGUGCUGGGACUGGACCCCCCAGCACCAGGAUGGUUUCGCAGGCCCUGUGGUGCAACCCCCCCUGUUGGACAGAGCCCCCCUAACUGGGACAGACCCCCCUGGCACCAGUACCCUCCCUGGGCCUGGCUAGCCCCCCUCCCCAAAUGGAAUGCACCAGGGACGAGUGCCCGGCCCCGAGGGUCACAGGCGGGUCCCAGGGGCUGUGGAGGACCCCGGCCCGGCGGGGCUGGCCCCGGGCAGGGAGGGGGGGUCCCGCCAGCCCCCCGCUAUUAAAGCUGGAGCACGAAGGCA